AUGUCGUCGAUAUACGAGGACUCUGCGCGCGUCAAGGCAGCCUUCCGUGACGUAAACGAUGUCGACUUGCGCGUCUACGACGCGUCCGGGCGACAGGACCUGUCAGACGCCGAAGAGCACUUUCUCAUGUGGACUGCCAACCUCGGCGCCCUCGAUGCCGGUCACACAUCCCUUGAUUAUCGACUUCAGGACGUUCCGGAGACGGUUGAGCUUGUACGCGAUCUCCUGCAAGACCUUGCACGAAAUUUGGAAGGCUUUCGAAAGUUCGUCGAAACGAGCGCUGAGAGAGCCAUAGGAUCUCUGGCGCCUGAGGAUGACUCUGACGACUCGUCUGCAGAAGAGGACGACAUGGAUGAGUUGCAAGCGACAGUCACCUCGAUGAAGAAUAUACUGCGACGACUAUUUCGCCUAGCACGUACGAUUCGAAACUAUGGUACGCGGUCUAAUCCAGGUCGACGCAACGUCUACAAAGUGCCAUCCGAAGAUCGACAAGCCAUGAAGAAGCAGCUCAUUUCUUUGGAGCAACGCAGAAUAUACGACUUUGUCUACUUCUCCAGGAAGUCCGAUCACGAAGGAAUGAUCGACGCGUCCGAGGAGAUCGAGAUGAACAACGAAGACGCGGCGCUGAUCGCCCGACUCGCGAGAGCUUGUAGUCAACGCAGACAACAAUUCGUAUAUUGGAGAUACCGUCACGAAAACAGCACUCAUGCUGCCCAUCACCUGAUGUCGAAACCUGAUUUCCAGUCGGAGGCGCCCAGACCGAUGCGCGAGGACGCUGUUGCCGCCUUGACGAAGCCAGCGCUUGUCCUCGCUCCUUCAAUGCCGUCUAGUGUGACCAGAGUCCGUAAGGAGCAAAUUGACUUCGGCGAGAAGGCCUCUGUGAGGUCUGCUGUCACUCGAGCUCCGUCCUUGCGUGGCCCAGGUGGUCAACGUGCGGAAUGGCCAGCAAUACCUCAAGGUCUGAAAGAGGUAUCGGACGGCCAAUUGUUUGAGUGCCCGUACUGCUUCAAUCUGUGCCCAGUGCGAUAUAAGGAAACUUCUGCAGCAUGGAAGUCACACUUGAUACAUGAUCUUAUGCCAUACAGUUGCACCUUCCCCAAUUGCGACAAUGCCGAUCACCUUUAUGACUCGCUCGCUGACUGGACGUCGCAUGAAAUGACGCAUAGCAAGGUAUGGGUCUGCCUGGAACACACGGAUGAAGAGUUCACGACGUCGAAUGAGUAUGCGGUGCACGCCAGGCAGUUUCAUGCAGCCGAUGCUAAUGACAUGCUGAGGAGCGAAGCGCUUGCCGCUCGGAUGACGGGGUCGAGACAAUCUGGCCGACACUGUCCUUUCUGCUUGAUUGCAAUCGUCUCCUCGGCUGAAAUGCAAAAGCACGUCGCGUGGCAUCUCGAGCUGCUUGCGUUGGGCAACCUACCGCGCUCAAAUGGUGUGGAGCAAGGUAGCGAUGCGGGUGAGCUCGAUUCCAAGGCGCAGAAACUCGGUGAUGCAGACUCCCGUGAAGGAGAGCUGGAUGAUAUUUCGCUACCGGAUGAAAUCGAGGCACACUCGCCAGCGAGCUCGACAGGGAUAAAGAUGUUCGAGGACGGUAUGCCAGUGGUCUUCAAAGAAUUCAUAAUCAAGGCUGGCGCUAGCUCAGAAGAAGACGCUCGAGCAGAGUCCAGACCAAAACUGAAACGCGUUCGCGCCAGACUGGAUCCUGGGCACGACAUGAAAAUCAUACUCAAAGAUGUGCUCAGUUCACACAGAGUAACGAUGCUGGACGAACCGCUGAUCAUCUGGGGUAUUCUUGGUGAGAGUCGUUUUGAUCGUACGGUGGAGCUCGAAUGGGGACCUGUCACAGUCAGCGGAGAUAACUUGAACCGCUCCAUCUUCUACGUUGUUGAUGAGUUGCCAAACGAUAUUCAGAUGAUCGUUGGAGCGCAACCUGCGCCAGACGCUCCCUCGAGACAGGGGCCCGAAUCGCUGCCCCACCCCAAAAGAACUACAUCAACGGUCUCGAAUCCUGAAAAGAGUCCAAGUGAGCGGCGUGAUGUUCAAGUCGACGUCGGAGAUCGUGUGGGUGAAAGUUCUCAGUCUGCUAACCAUCCAACCACUGAGGAACCUGUAGCACUUCCAACCCUCCCCACGGAGACUACGAGGACAGCAUAUGACUUCGAGAUCAGAAUCCAUCAAGGUUAUGUUAUUAUCACAUGCGACGGCCUGGAAACUACCAUCCGCCAUCCUGAGAUUCGGGCUACAUUGGUCGAGCAGGACGAGAAGCCCCGAGCUUCCACACGGUACAGUGGCUCUUACAGCACUAUCGACGAGCUCAACGAUGUCGUCGAGGAGUUGAUUGAGGCCAAGAAACUGCCUCUGGAGAUUGCUGGCGAAAUGGUUUACUUCAUAAGAGAUCCCCAGGCUGCCAUAAACAAACCCGGCCAGUAUGCAGAGCCAAUCUUGGACGAAAGCCCUCGCGAGUCGACUGUUGACGCGGCUGAGGAUGCUUUAGAGCCGAAUGUGGAGCAACUUUUGUCCCAAUCCAAGACUGAGGGCCUCGCUGGCGAAGAUGUUGCCGACUUAAGCUUUUUCCGCAACAACCCACAAUUCAAACAACUCCGCCAGGUCGUACAGCAGCAGCCAGAUAUGCUUGAACCCAUCCUCCAACAGCUCAGUGCAGGGAAUCCUCAGCUUGCUCGGAUGAUCGCAGAGAACCCAGAAAGGUUCAUAGAAUUGCUUGCUGGAGAGGACGAUGAUGAUGAUAAUAAGGACCCGUUUCCACCAGGGACUAUCAGUAUUACAGCCGAGGAGCGAGAUGCCAUUGAGCGGCUUGUUCGACUUGGCUUCGAUAGAGACUCAUGCAUUCAAGCUUACUUCGCCUGCGACAAGGACGAGGAACUGGCGGCGCACUUCUUGUUCGACCAGCCUUCUGGGUCCGACAGUGACGUGCCCGGGUCAAGCACCGAUCGCGGAGGUUUGGAGGGAAGCUCGGUUCCCGUUGCGUCAACUCCUGUACCAGAGCACCCGCCCAGAAAAGCCGACGAAGGCGACAAACGGCCGGCACUGGCGAAACUAGCACCCGGCUGGCUUACUAGGAGAUUGAAGCGCGGGUCAGAACCCCUCGGUCUCCAACCACCAUCCGCCACGCGUUUCCCCGUAAGAGUCUCUGAAAAUGCUGCCACAGCCACAGCAGCAGGCGUAUCCUCAACCGACGAGCCUGACCUCCAAGUCGGCAGCGAAGCUACUGUGGCCGAGGGCGGCAAGCCUCAAGUCUCUCGUCAAGGUCAGCGCAGGGGUCUUCCACCACCAUCCGCCACGCGAUUCCCUGUAAGAGUCUCUCGACAUCCUACGACAGCCACAGCAGCAACCGUGAGUCCAACCGAGCAACCUGACCUCCAAGUCAGCAACGAUGCCGCUGUGGCUGGGAGCGGAGGCGUGCCGCUCUCAGACCGUGCUCGCGAGAGGAUCCAUGAGCAUAUAGUCGCUCCCCUCCUCAGAGAGGAACUGCUGCCAAAGCAUACCGACGCCGAACAUGCCGGACCUGCCGACUCGCCCUCCGCCGAGCAAUCUCAACCUGUAGAUGAGCCCUCCAUCAGCAGAUCACCUUCCGCCACUCGCAGUCAUUCACAGCACGGAUUGCUCCCAACUGUUGGGCCCCCUCUAAUUGUCGAAGAGCCGCGCCGCAGGAAAGGCAAGGAUAAGGCUCGUGGCGUCAACUUCUUUUUCGACCCUGACGAACAUCCUGUUGUGGUCGAAACGCCAUCCACUUCUGGAGACGGUGGUAUCAGCGCUCAAUUUGGGCGCCGUGACUCAGGCGUUUACAGUGGUGCAGGUCGCCCUCAUAGUCGUGAUCGUAAGUACUACGAUAGGAAGGACCAGCUUACCACAACGGACAGUGCAGACACAACACCUGCCAUCCAGGACCUGACGCACGACUUCAACAACAUCACCACGAACAGGCGCCUCGACAAAGUGGAGGCAGAAGCCAAAGCCAAUCGCCUUGCGGCCCAGCUCGAGAAAGCUAAGGCUGAGAUCGAGGCAAGCAAGAGGGCUCUGCGACGAGAUGCUGUUUCUGGCCCCGUAACCAACGAUGUUGCUGUGAUGACGGACAACAGAAGCAGAUCGCGACGAGCUGGAACCAGUGAUCGGAAAAGUCGUGUUGUUGUGGUAGAAGACGAGCCUGUUGUCCGGGACAAGAGACACGAGGCUAAAGGAAAUUGA